AUGAUUUCAAAAUGUCCUUCCAAAUCAAAAUGCCGUGUAUGCCAAAAUUCACACCAUACCGCGUUGCAUCGUCAUAUCUCGGCAGAUAACAAUGGAGCUCAUAUGAGUGAAACAAUUGCGUCGCAACCACCUGUUCUAUCGUUAGUAUCACAAAGUACUCGGCGUGCACUUAUUCCUACAGCUCUUGUCUUAAUCAAAGACAAGUAUGGCAGUUUUCAAACAGCGCGGGCUCUUCUAGACUCGUGCUCUGAAAUUAACUUCAUUACUGAAGAGCUGGCUAAACGACUUCAACUUGGAUUUCAGCGAAAUAAUCAAGAAAUUUCUGGUAUUGCAGAUGUUCGUACCAACUUGCGGUUUUCAGUCAAAACAGUUAUUAAAUCUCGAGUGUCUAGCUAUGAAUUCACUUCAGAUCUUGCCGUCACAAACCGAAUUUCGCUUCAGCAGCCAGAACAUUGUUUGGACACUACCAACUGGAAUCUUCCAGAAGGCAUUAUACUGGCUGAUCCGCUCUUCUACAAACCACAAAAAAUCGAUUUGUUGCUAGGCUCGCAAGUCUUCUUUGAGAUAUUCGUCGGUAACAACCAAACACUAAGUGAAUACUCACCGCGUCUAAUCAAUACCACAUUGCGCUGGAUUGUUGGGGGAAAAUUGGACAGCAAGUCUAGAUCGAAUUUCUACACGUGCAAUGUCGCUACGUGUAAUGGACUUGACACAAUACUGAAAAAAUUCUGGGAACUUGAAGAUUUCGCAUACGACCAGGUGAAAUAUUCCAUAUAUACUCCAGAGGAACAAGAAUGUGAGAAUCAUUUCAAGGGGCACGCUAAGGUGCUCGCAAAUGGUCGCAUUCAAGUCUCUCUGCCAUUUAAGCAGUCUCCAAAUUUACUUGGAGAGUCCAUCGACAUUGCUAAACGCCGUUUCCUGCAACUCGAACUCGCCUUGAACGUGACGCUGCAUUAA